AUGACUGCAAUUACCAAGGCCCUGCAGGGUCUCAAGCGCUUUACCACUUGCGACAUUGGCGAUGCACUGGUGAAGCUCAAGCAGCCCUAUGGCGGCUUCCUGGAUGGCCUCCAGAUGAUCUCGCCAGGUGCUGGCACAAGCAUUUAUGGCCCAGCGAUUACUGUCAAGAUGGUGGAGACUAACAGCCCUGGGCCGACGCCGCCGUUGCACUUUGCAGAUGCCAACGAGGCUGGCCACAUCAUGUACAUCCAGCAGCCUAAGGGGCUGCCCUCAGCCUGCUGGGGCGGUUUGAUGUCCACGCGUGCACAGCAACUCAAGAGUCUUGGGGUGAUGGUCGACGGCCGUGUAAGGGAUGCGCAGGAGCACCGCGAUAUGGGAUUUCCGGUCUUUGCUCGAGGAACUGCAGUUUUGGGGUCUAAUGGGUACACGCGGGCUUCCGAAAUCAAUGUCCCCUUGCAAUUCAAGGGCGACCUUUGGGUCUACCCCAAGGAUAUCCUGGUUGGCGAUGAGAAUGGCGUGGUCGUUGUACCGCCUUCUCUCCUAGAGCAAGUCGUCGAGCUUUGCCAGGAGCGAUUUGAAAUUGAUGAAAAGACAAUGGAAGCGCUGCGAGCUGGCGAAGCAAUGGGUCCAACUCUUAAACGACUACGAAAAUAG